AUGGCAGGAAGACGCAUUUUUAGGCGGUCGUACGAAAGUUCGAGGUCUAAUACGCACAAUCAUUUCGAAACAAUCGCUAUGCCUUACGUCCCCAAGGAGCUGGCGCUCAAAUUGCGUGCAGCCGACCAAGGUCACGUGCUCAUGUUUGAUGAUGCGGACAACCUUUCGCCAUUAGAGGCACGGGAGUUUGCAAAGGAGCUUGAAGCUCUUGAUCUAGAGUUCCUGCAAACCAUUUUCCAAGCUUCAACACAAGGGACAAUUGCUGAGACAAGGACGAUUGAACCCCUUAGGAGCUAUGAUCGAUUAGAGCAAUGCUCGAUACAAGACAAGCAGCAUUGGUUGAAUCUAGGCCUGGAAAGUAUUAGUCGAGGACAAGUUGCUGCUCUGGUAUUGAAGAAGAGUUUAUUUCAGCUUUUUGCAGAAAGAAUUGUGGCUCUGCAAGUUUUAGCUGGAGACAAAUUUUCGACAAGAUUACGACAGGAGAUUCAAAUUCCAUUUUACGUGAUGACGAGCAGGAUGAAUCAUGAUACGACUAUAGAGUUCUUCAAAAAGCACAAGUUUUUUGGCUUGAAAGAGUCGCAAAUGUUUUUUUUCCCUCAAGGUAUUUUGCCAUGCUUUACAAUGGAUGGAAAGCUCAUUUUGGAGAAUGCACACAAGUUGGCGACAGCACCAGAUGGUAAUGGUGGCAUUUACAAAGCAAUGAAGUCAAGUGGAGCGCUUGCCAGACUGCAGGCGUGUGGUGUGAAAUACUUGCAUGUCUUUUCGGUGGACAAUGCGUUAUGCAAAGUGGCCGACCCAACUUUCAUUGGGUACUGCAUCGACAAGCAAGCAGACUGUGGCAACAAGGUGGUAUGGAAGGCGCAGCCCGAUGAACGUGUCGGCGUUGUGGCCAAGAGGAAUGACCGCUUUUGUGUGAUCGAGUACUCGGAAAUCGAUCGUGAAAUGUCUGAGCGUGUGGACCCUCGCACAGGCAAGUUGGCUUUUUGGAUCGGCCAAUAUUUGCAAUCACUUUUUCACAAUGUACGUUCUUGCAGGGAUAAUUCUUAG